AUGCCCGCCAAUGCCCGCAAUCCCUACCUAGGUACGCAACGCCUUGUGCCUGUGUUGCCCAGCGUCUCCCUGGGCUCCAGGCCCAGCACGCUUUCUGUGGGGCUCGGCGCUCCCCGGCUGGGUGCUUCUGCUGCUGCUCUUGCUGCUCCUCCUGCUCCUCCUGCUCUCAGAUCGAAAAGACAGGCAGCCAGAACAGGCAGUCGGGCGCUGGGCGGCUCCACUCUUGCAGAUCAAGCCCUGGAGCGGCUUUCCGAGGGGACGAGCUAA